AUGAAAUUCACAUUUGUGUAUUGUGGUUGGGAAGGUACUGCUAAUAAUUCACAAGUAUUCGUUGAUGCAGUCACAAGAAGCUUGAACAACUUUCCAAUACCACGAGAAGGAUUUCUUGCCCCUUAUCGAGGUCAAAGAUAUCAUUUACGUGACUAUGUUGGACGGGGAAAACUACGUGGGAAGGAAGAAUUGUUCAAUUAUAGACACUCCUUAUGCCGUAACAUUAUUGAACGUUGUAUUGGAGUUUUAAAAGCAAUAUUUUCUAUUUUGAAGUUGAUUAACAAUUAUCCACUUAGUAGGCAAAAACAAAUCCCUACUACAUGUUGCACAAUAAACAACUUUAUAUGUCAGGAACACGUUUUAGAUAAGUUGUUCAUAGAGUAUUCAGAGAAGAAUAUGGUGUUUCAAGAUGUUCAAGAAAUAUUUUCCUUCAGUUAA